UAUGCAUCAAAAAGAGAUGAUCUUCAAAGUUCAAACCACCAUCUUUCUUCUUCAGAUUUAGCAGCAAACUAGGCUAGAUUUUCACCGAAAACUCGAAAACUGCCAAAAAAAAACCAGAAAUUAUGUUUGAGAUUAGCAAGUUGUUAACCCCAUUUCUGCUAAUCUUCCCAUUGAUUCUGUUUUUCUCAAUCAAGAAGUUUUUCUCCACCCAAACAGAAAAAACUACCCAGUUCCCAAAAGCUUACCCUGUCAUAGGCCAUUUACUCGCAGUCUUGAAAAUAAAGAAAGAGGAAAGAUUCCGAUGGCUUACCAGUCUCAUAGUCAACUCACCGGCCGCCACCUUCGUCAUCCGCCGCCCAUUUGGGCGGCAGAGCAUCCUUACAGGAAACCCCGCCACGGUGGAGCACAUUCUCAAGAACCAGUUUCCAGUUUACCAGAAAGGUCCUUUCCAGAAAACCAUUCUCAAGGACCUUUUAGGGGAUGGCAUAUUCAAUGUUGAUGGUGAGAUUUGGAAGUUUCAAAGACGAGUUGCGAGUUACGAAUUCAGCACAAAGUCGUUGCGAAAGUUUGUUGAAACGGUUGUCGAUACCGAGCUUUCUGAUAGGUUGAUACCAUUGUUGUCUGAUUCAGCAAAGAACAGAACAGUUCUUGAUUUACAGGAUAUACUUCAAAGGUUUGCAUUUGAUAAUAUUUGCAGGAUUUCAUUCGGGUAUGACCCGGAAUACUUGUCACCUUCUUUGCCACAAGCUAAAUUUGCUGUUGCUUUUGAGGAUGCUGUUACAGUUAGUAGUCAGAGAUUCAAAACUUUUUUCCCAAUCCUCUGGAAAAUCAGCAGAUUUCUCAAUAUUGGGUCUGAGAAAAAGCUGAAAGAAGCUGUUUUUGAGAUUCGAAACUUCGCGAAAACCAUUGUUACUCAGAAAAAACAGGGGAUUUUGAAUAAUAAUUCAGAACCAGAGGAUUUACUGUCAAGGUUUCUUGCAUCAGGUCAUACAGAUGAGAGUUUUGUCACUGACAUUGUUAUAAGUUUUAUUCUUGCAGGAAGAGAUACCACAUCAGCUGCUUUAACAUGGUUUUAUUGGCUAAUAUAUAAGAACAAACAUGUAGAAGAAGAGAUCGUACGUGAGAUAAGAGAACACAAGGGAAAACAGAAGAAUAAAACAGGACAUUUCUCUGUUUUUGAAGAAGUUAAAGUUAUGGUUUAUACUCAUGCUGCAUUAUGUGAGAGUAUGAGGUUGUACCCACCAGUUGGGUUAGACACAAAGGAGGCCGUAACCAACGACGUGUUACCGGAUGGUACGAAAGUGAGUAAGGGUACUUGGGUAACUUAUAACCCGUAUGCUAUGGGUAGAAUGGAAAGUAUAUGGGGGCUUGAUUGGGCUGAAUACCGGCCCGAGCGGUGGUUAGAAGUUGAGGAUACAGAAAAGAUAGGAGGGGAAAGUAAGUGGAAGUUUGUGGAGCAGGACCCGUAUUCUUACCCGGUUUUUCAAGCCGGGCCGAGGGUUUGUCUUGGUAAGGAGAUGGCAUUCUUGCAAAUGAAGAGAGUGGUUGCUGGUAUUUUGGAGAGGUUUCGGGUUGUUCCGGUGGUGGAAGACGGGUUCGAGCCGGUUUAUGUUCCGAAUUUAACCGCUAAGAUGCAAGAUGGUUUUCCAGUGAGGUUUGAAGAAAGGUCGGAAUUUCAAGAAUGAAGAUUUAGGCUCUUUAUUCUACGAGAGUAAUUUAUUGGACAAAAUUUUAUGCCAUUUUCUUUCAUGCUGCUUUGAAAAUAUUCUGAUUUAGUAGUAUGACUAAGUUGUAUGAAGCUUCAAAGCGAAUUUAAUUUCAGCACAAUCAGUUUUUAAUUGUCAAGAUUAGACCAGUUGAUUCA